AUGUAAAGUUCACAAUGCAUAUCUAUGAGAAUCGAUGAUCCUCAAAAUUCAUUAAAGAUUUACUAUUCAGUUAUAACUAAUGAAGAAAAAAAUAAUGUCCUAAAAAUGAGUAUCAGCUACGCUACUCCUGUUUCAAAUCCUUCAUUCCAAUAACAUGUGGAAGCAAGCUUUCAAUUGAUAGAAUGGAUGAAUGUUAAUUUAUUGGUAAAGUAGAUGAUAUAUUCUGAUAAAUAUUAAUUCGAUUAUCUAGUUGGUAACAUCUUCUACUCCUCACCAAAUAAUCAGUAUUAAAUUGCUGUAUUAUGGAGUGAUACAACUUAGUAAAUCUUGAUUGACAAUACAAAAAUUGAAGGCUAAAUUCAUUUCUUAACAUCGGAAGUUUUUGAUAACAUAACUAACCUUUUUGUUACUUUUGACAAAGCCUAUACCAUCAUUCCUAGCAAUGACUGGCUUUUUAACGCUCAAAAUAAUUACGUUACAACAGAAAAAGUCAUAUAGGAUAGACCAUAUCAAACAGGAUCUCUUAAUAUUUUAGUAACAACAAACGGCCUCUUAUCUUAAUACGACUGCUACCUAAAUGAAACUUGCAAAAUCCUUAUUGGAAAUUUUACCCUGCCUAAUUGCACAGAUGCCUCUGAUAUUAAUCUUGCAAUAGAUCUCUUUGCAUAUAGACCAGAUUCAAAAUACAAAUUUUAGCAAGAAGAUUUCGCUUAAAAUAAAGAUUUAUAUCUAGAAUUUUUCCCAGUUCAAAGCAAUUUAAUUGGCUAAAAGAAUUAGUUCAAAUAAAGUUUCUAAGAGCUAAUAUUGAGUUAAAGUUAAUGCUAUGGAGAAUUAGCAGAGUACAAUGUAUUUAAUGAAAACUUUGGUACUAAUCUGCCAAAAUUUAUUACUUGCGAUAAAGAUAAAACAACUGAGUGUUAAGUAUUAAGCAACAGCAUAAGAGAUGUAGGAGCUUACAAAAUAAGAUUCUUCAUAAAACUAUCUAGACUCGAUUAAGAUUAUCAUUUUAACUUUGAUUGGGAGUUAGUGGUUAAGCUGUCAAGUUGGCUGAUAUUCAAUACUCCUCCAUACUUUCUUUGGAAUGUAACAGAUGUCUUUGUUUAUGAAAAUUAAAUUCAAAAAUUAAUGCUGCCUAAAAUAAUUGAUAAAGAGAAUGAUCGCUAUGAUCGUGUCUCUUAACUAAAUUUAACUGGAACUCUGAGAGCUAAAGUUUUCUUGAUCAUUUAGCUACACUUUGAUGACUACAAAAAUAUCUCAAUGACUUCAGUAAUUAUUCAUAUUAACAGUUUCUUUAAGCGAUGGGAUAUUUUGGAGGUCUAUUUCAAGAAAUAUUACUUUUACAUUGACUCAAAAGUCUUAAAGUUUCAGUUUACUCUGGGGAAUGAUCAAUAGUUUUUAACUGAUAUCCCAUCUACCACUAAUGGCUAUUAUUAUACCGACAAACACCUAGAUGCUAUUUGA